AUGCACCAUUUUCUGAUUACUAGAUUCACUCAUAGAACCCUAAAUUCAAGUGUUCUUUCCCACAAUGCUUUUUCUCUUUUCUUCAAUUAUCGUUAUUUCUCUGUUUCCAACACAAAUCACCAUCAUAAAGAUGAAAACUUUACAUUAUCAAGCUUCGUAAAAUCAUGUGGGUUGUCCCCUGAAGCAACCCUAAAACUCUCCAAAAGGUUACAAAUCAAAAACCCAAAUUCCCCAAAUGCUGUUAUUCAACUUCUCAAAACCUAUGGCUUCUCUGAUUCCCAAUUACGUAGCGUUGUAAAGAAACUACCUUUUCUUCUUUUAUCAAAUGCCGAAAAGACCCUUUUGCCCAAACUCAAAUUUUUUGAUUCCAUUGGGGUUUCAUCCACUGAUCUCCCCAAAAUCUUAAUUGGUAACUGUGCCUUUUUGUCAACAAGCUUGAAGAAUAACCUAAUCCCUCGUUAUGAAAUUACGCGGAGCCUAGUUCGCAACGAUGAUGAGGUUGUUUCGGUUAUGAAGCAUUGGUCAAGGAACUUUUACAAUAAUUCUAUGUUAAAUGAUUCUAUUCCAAAUAUUGAGGUUUUGAGAAAGCUUGGUCUACCUCAAAGUUCAAUUUCACUUUUGGUAUCCAAUUUUCCGAAUGUAGCAUUCGGCAACCAUUCGAAAUUCGUUGAGUCUGUAAAUACAGUGAAAGAAAUGGGGUUUGAUCCUUUGAAGACGUAUUUUGUUUUGGCACUUCAAGUAAUUGCAAAGAUGGACAAAGAAACAUGGGAAUCAAAAUUGAAGCUUUUCGAGAAGUUUGGUUGGUCGAGAGAUAUAUGUCUUUCGGCAUUCAAAUUGCUAGGUGCCCUGGGAUUCUGA